CUGAAGAGAACACAUCUAACAAAGCAGCUGGAGUGCACUAACUGGGCAGGAUGGCUCCUUCUAUCAUUUCCAUGCACAGCUCGGACACUAACAGAGCAGGGAAAGAACUGAGAAAGCUAAGGAAGCCAGUGAUUGAGAAGAUGAGGAGAGAUCGUAUUAACAGCAGCAUUGAGCAGCUCAGGAUAUUGCUGGAGAAAGACUUCAAGAAACAGCAACUUCCAUCCAAACCAGAGAAGGCUGAUAUCCUGGAGAUGACUGUGAGCUUCCUGCAACAGCAUCUGGCUGCUAAAUCAGCACCAUCACCCAGCCUGUCCUACAGAGAAGGUCACUCUAGAUGUCUCCAGGAAUCUCUGCACUUCCUCUCCCUGCAGCCACAGUCAGAAGCUCAGGUGAACCUGCUGCAUCAUAUCCAGGGACCUCACUGUGCUCUAGAAGUGACACAUGCCCCAGUAUUGCCCUCCUGUGACCCUAACAUCACACAAAAUCUAAAGGGCACCAAAGCUGUAUGGAGACCCUGGUAGUUGAGAGACGUUUCCUGGGGGACAAUGGAGUUUACUGUUUUUUCUCAAAACAAGGACUGUAUUCAAAUCUUACAUUUGUGAGAUAAGUAUCCCCUGAAGGGGGAGCUCUGUACAUCUAAUCAUUAGAUCAUGAGUUUAUUGCAUAUUGCAAUCUAUGUUAGCAAAGAAUAUUUCUUAUAUUUUGUUCUGUUUUCUGUAUGAUUACAUUGUGUGUAGCCAUGCUAUUCUAUAGAAAGAUCACCAGGUGAUAAGCUGGUGGUUCUUUGUGAUAUAUUUUACCUUCCAAGAAGGAUAUGUGCAGUUGUAUCAGCCAAAAUAUCUGUAUAGAGAUGUCCUCAAUAUAAGGUAUUAAUAGGCAGUAGCCUUAUGUCAAGUCUACUUUGUGUGUUCCAUACACUGGAAUUUAAUGGCUUAAUUGUAAGUUCCCACGGGAAUAGGGCCCUCAAUUCCUCCUGUAUGUGUCAAAUUUUGUGUUAUCUCUUACAAGAUUUAUAACAUUGUUUUAUUUAAAUUAAUUGUACCCAUAGACAGCGCUGUGGAAUAUGUUGGCAUUUCAUAAAUAAAGUAUAA